AUGUUGGUGAAACCACUAGUUCAACCCAAUGGCAAGGGCCUUUCCCAGCUUUUGCUUCUCCUCCAGACUCAUCCCUCUAUCUUAUUGAGAUCCCUAGCCUUUGGCUUCGGCUGCUUUGUGGAAGAUCGUCUGACAGCCACCGGUUCCCAGCAGGCACUUGCAUGGAGGAUGGAGAGGAGAUUUUUCGCAGUGAGGUCCUUAACCUCUGCAUUAUUCAGAAAGGAAACACAGAGAGCUGCUUUUUCAACUUCUCUACUUUUCGAUGAUACCCAGAUCCAGUUCAAAGAAAGUGUGUCACAGUUUGCCCGAGAAAAUAUUGCCCCUCAUGCAUCAAAAAUAGACAGAACAAAUUAUUUUCCCGAGGGAACUAACUUAUGGAAACUAAUGGGGGAUUUUAAUCUCCUGGGGAUCACUGCUCCAGGUAGAAUUGGUGUGGUAACAGCUUGCAUAGGACUUCUCAUUGUUUGUUGCCCUGUUUUAUUGCUGAGAAUGUUUUUGGAAAGGAAAGAUAAAUCCUUGAGAUUGGAAUAUUAUUUCCAUACAGAGAUCGAGGAAUAUGGAGGACUUGGCCUUGGUUAUUUAUAUCACUGCAUAGCUAUGGAAGAAAUUAGUCAUGCUUCAGGAUCAGUUGGCCUUUCAUAUGGUGCCCACUCUAACCUAUGCAUUAAUCAAUUGGUGAGGAAUGGGAACCCUACCCAGAAGCAGAAAUACUUGCCAAAGCUAAUCUGUGGGGAGCAUGUUGGAGCUCUUGCAAUGAGUGAACCCAAUGCUGGCUCGGAUGUUGUUAGUAUGAAGUGCAAAGCUGAUCGUGUUGAUGGUGGUUACAUUAUAAACGGAAAUAAGAUGUGGUGCACCAAUGGCCCAACUGCUCAGACUCUGGUUGUUUAUGCGAAAACGGACAUUGCUGCUGGCUCAAAAGGAAUCACAGCAUUUAUCAUUGAGAAGGGAAUGCCUGGGUUCAGUACUGCCCAGAAGUUAGACAAACUGGGGAUGCGGGGAAGUGAUACAUGUGAGCUUGUCUUUGAGAAUUGCUUUGUUCCUGAAGAAAAUAUUCUUGGGAAGGAAGGAAAAGGUACCAAUAGAUACUUGAGAGUUUAUGUCAUGAUGUCGGGGCUAGACUUGGAGAGGCUUGUUUUGGCCGCUGGACCCCUUGGACUUAUGCAAGCAUGUCUGGAUGUUGUUCUUCCUUAUGUUCGACAGCGAGAACAGUUUGGCCGUCCUAUUGGGGAGUUUCAGUUUAUCCAGGGAAAGGUUGCUGACAUAUAUACUUCUUUACAGUCUUCAAGGAUUGUGCUGGAGUUAUACUUUGUGCGGCUGAAAGAGCUACCCAAGUUGCUCUUCAGGCUAUUCAGUGUCUAGGUGGCAAUGGGUAUGUAAAUGAGUAUGCAACUGGUCGUCUUCUUCGGGACGCUAAAUUGUAUGAGAUUGGGGCUGGGACCAGUGAGAUCAGAAGGAUGAUUAUCGGUCGUGAGCUCAUUAAAGAACAAUGAGAGAAUACACACGACGAGCCCAAAGAGUCAACAAGUCAAGGCCCCAAUGAUGGCUUGCUGGUCCCGGAACCAUCCCAAGCCGCUGGUGGCAUGGGUUCGAGCUCGGUGAGCUUGGGGAGAAAGGGGACCAAGGGAACAAAUGGCUGAGCAAGGAGUGAAUCAAGUCUUUAUGUUUUCAAUAAGUUCUAUUUAGACUCCUAAUAUAGGUUGCCAUUAAUGCUCUAUAGGGAGUGAAAGGUUAAAUAUCUUGUAUUUGGAUUCACAAUUUUUUAAAUGCCCUGAAUAUUAGUUCUCUUUCCAUAUCCAAGUUACUAGAUUGUGUAAAACUUCUGCAACAUUAAAAGUAAUCUCACUGCCUUUGGCAGUUGACUAGAG